CCGCUUCAUUUUGUUUUCGAGAUUGUGAAAACCCAACAACUUAUCUGUUCUUCUGCGGACCACGUUUUCCCUCCGACUCUUUUUGGUGCAUCGCAUGACAUAUAUAACCUUGUCUCUGUGCUGGGAACGCGAAUUCCUUCGUACUCUCGAUGACUGGAUGAUGAAUAACUGGCCGUGAUUUUGUACCCACGAUUCUUUUAUGGGUAUCAUAAAGGAAGGGGCCUGGUGUUUUUUAACUAGAUAAGGUAGAUAGAUAGAUAGAUAGAUUGGGCCAUUCUGUAGCCGUAUAUCUCUGAUAUGACUUUGAUCCGGGCCCUUUCAAUGCUUGUUGAGUUCUUUACUCUUUUAUCUAUGUAUGUGCAUGGGCAUGUGUGUGUGUUCGAUACCCUUCUUUUACCGGGCGAUAGUGCAUUCUGCUGGGUUUAGAAGCGCUAGAUUUCAAUUCCUCGCAUUGGCGCUUUGUGCACCCUGAGCUUAUUCUGCGCCUAUCCAGCCCUCGGAGGCUGUAGCUCCUCCUCCCCCAUAUGGGGUUAAAUUGGACCUAGGUUGGAAAUACGUUGCCCUUGAUUUCAGGGAAGUUGUGUUCCAUCAGGGUGAAAUUGAUGUACAUCCUUUUGUGGUUUGACAGUCACCUUCCAUAAAUUUGAAAACUAAGAAUAUGUCGGCUAGAAGAGACUUUUACAUCCUUUUUGAACGGUUGCUCAUAGUACGAUGAAAAGACUUGCAUUCGUAUGACGAGAUAAGGAUAUGAUGAUAAUGAUCUUCGACAUGGCUGUUCUCAUCAAAGGGAAAAUCGGAAUACAUCACUCCUCUUGUCUUUAAGCGUUGGUAGAUGUACAUUUACAAGUGUAGCGCAGUGCCUGUCGGAUUCUGUUCUCUGUAAGGUUCCAUUUCAAGCAUUAGAGAUUGAGAUUCUCAAAUGUCUGGUUUGCCAAUUGCACAAUUUGUCAGAGGUCCUGCUCCAAGAGCAAAACUAGAUCAUGGAUGCAAGAAGCAUACAAGUGGAAACAGUACAUUACUGUACUCAAAUGGAUCGAUGGAAAGAAUCAGGGAGCAUUUGCAGAAGAUUGAACUUUCAGCUUCAUCUUAUGACACUGCAUGGGUAGCAAUGGUCCCUUCUCCGAUGUCUCCUCAGCGUCCAUGUUUCCCACAAUGUCUGAAUUGGAUAUUAGACAAUCAACAUCCUGAUGGCUCAUGGGGACUUCAUCAUUUCCAUCCCUCUCUUAUUAAUGAUGGUCUGGCUUCCACUUUGGCAUGUAUACUUGCACUCGAGCGAUGGAAAUCUGGUCAAGAACAUGUUAGGAGAGGUCUCAGCUUUAUUGAAAGUAACUUUUCUCGCAUUGUCGAUGAGCAAUUGCAUUCUCCUAUUGGCUUUGAUAUUAUAUUUCCUGGUAUGCUCGAAUAUGCCCUCAACAUUGGUUUAGAAAUUCCCAUCGACCAAAGUGACAUAAAUAACAUGCUUUGCAAGCGAGACGCAGAACUACAAAGAAUUGUUCAUAUAUUAUUAUUUAGAGAACAAGGAAACAAUUGUGAGGGACGAAAAGCCUAUUUAGCAUAUGUUGCAGAAGGAUUGGGGAAUAUAUUGGACUGGAGAGAAAUUAUGAAAUAUCAAAGGGAAAAUGGAUCGCUAUUCAAUUCACCAUCCACAACUGCUGCUGCACUGAUGCAUAUUUAUGAUGCUAAAGCUCUCGAGUAUUUGCGUUCUCUUCUAUCGAGGUUUGGCUGUUCAGUUCCUACUUCAUAUCCUGUAGAUGUGCAUAUACAUCUUUGCAUGAUUGACAACAUUGAAAGGUUGGGAGUCGCUCGACAUUUUAGUCGCGAGAUAAAGAGCAUUUUGGACAGAAUAUAUAGAUGCUGGUUGCUAAACGUUGAAGAAAUUAGUUCAGACAUGGCCACAUGUGCCAUGGCUUUUCGUCUUUUACGAAUGAAUGGAUAUGAUGUAUCCUCAGAUUGCUUUACCCAGUUCAGUGAAGUAAACUAUUUCUACAACUCCCUGCAAGGAUACCUAAAAGAUGUGAGUACCGUUUUGGAACUUUACAAGGCAUCACAAAUCAAAAUCUCACCAAAUGAACAAGUUUUAGAUAAACUGGGCUCCUGGUCAAGAGACUUUCUCAAGCAAGCAUUGAUUUGCAACCAAAAACUUGGACCGCAAGUUGCUUUACAAGAGGUAGAUUAUGCUCUAAACUUUCCGUUUUAUGCAAAUCUUGAUCGCCUAGAGCACAAAAGAAAUAUUGAGAACUUCGGUGCUGAAAAGUUCCAUGUUCUCAAAACAUUAUACCAAUAUGGUGGUAUAAAUGACAAUAAUCUCUUAGGACUGGCACUGGAAGAUUUCUGUACUUCUCAGUCUAUAUAUCACAAAGAACUCCAAAAUCUUGAGGAUUGGGUCAAAGAGAAUAAAUUGGAUCAGCUAGAAUUUGCCCGGCAGAAGCAGGCAUAUUGCUAUUUUUCUGCUGCUGCUACUCUUUUCUCUCCUGAAAUGUCUGAAGCUCGCAUGUCCUGGGCCAAAAAUAGUAUUCUCACCACUGUUGUUGAUGACUUCUUCGACUUUGGAGGAUCCAGAGAAGAGCUUGAAAGUCUUAUUUCAUUGGUUGAGAAGUGGGAUGGAACUUGGAAAGAAGAGUCCUGCUCGGAACAAGUCAAGAUUAUUUUUUCUGCUCUGUUUAGUACAAUAAAUGAGCUCGGUAUUAGGGCAUCUGCAUUGCAGCAGCGUAGCAUCACCCAUCAUUUAGUUGAAAUAUGGCUUAGUUUGAUGAAGUCCAUGAUGAAAGAGGCAGAGUGGACACUCAACAAAGAAGUUCCAACACUGGAUGAGUACAUGUUGAAUGGAUAUGUGUCCUUUGCUUUAGGACCAAUUAUCCUCCCAGCGCUCUAUUUUGUUGGGCCACAGCUUCCUGAAUAUGUUGUCAAUCAUCCAGAAUAUCUGAAUUUGCUCAAACUAGUAAGCACAUGUGGGCGUCUUCUUAACGACAUACGAGGUUUUCAAAGAGAAGGCAAGGAAGGAAAGUUGAACAGCGUGUCACUACGUAUUCUUCACAGUCAUGGUUCAGCUUCGGAAGAAGAGGUGAAGAAAGAGAUGCAAAGGGCCAUCGACGGAAGUAGGACUGAGCUCUUGAGGCUGGUGCUGCAACAAGAUGGAAGUGUCGUCCCAAGGCCUUGCAAGGAUCUCUUUUGGAAGAUGUGCAGGAUCCUGCAUGUCUUCUACAUGAAGACCGAUGGAUUUACUUCGCCAAACGAGAUGCUUGGUGCUGUGAAUUCAGUCAUUCAUGAACCACUAAAGGUCAGCCAAAUAUAAUCGAAUUCUUGGGGAAUAAGUGGAGGCGUUUGAUGGUCUUUUAUAAACCAAACCGAUGAGUUUAUUAUGGCAAUAAAUGAUUAUUGGGUUUCUCAUC